CAGAGGAGAACCCCUGGGAAGGGCUUCACACGAGAGAGGGAGAGAGACGGGGGAGGAGAGAGAAAAGGGGUGUUAAGGGGAAGUGCAUUCUUUAUCCUCUUUCAUUUCAAAAUUCUUGAGUGGAGUUGUGUUUGGAGUAGUUUCCCACUGCUUGCUGAUCUCUCCAUGGAGCGUGUUUUGAACUAGACUAAGCAUGUGUGAGUGUGUGUUUUAGCUGGACUAAGUGUGUGUGAGCGAGUUUGAGCCAGUGCGUGAACUGGGCUGAGUGUGCCAGAAGACUGAGGUUGAAAAGGAUGAGCCAAAUUUGGGAUUUUCCAUCCGAUAUCAUGAUAUCACACCUUCUGUCCCCAAGUGACUACGGUACCAGCCUCAAGGACUUGAACGUUGUGGCCAUGUUGCAUCACUUCUGGGAGCAGAAACAGGUGAAGGGCUCCGACACCCAAUCAGAGGACUCGUUGAAGGGCUCUGUCAGCCAAUCAGAGGACUCGGUGAAGGGCUCUGUCAGCCAAUCAGAGGGCUUGUUGCUGUAUGAGUCGGCCCCCUCCCCAGGACCCCCUUACAUCUGCUACGUCACUCUGCCUGGAGGAAGCUGCUUUGGAAACUAUAUGGAGUGUGAGAGCCAGGCGAAGGCUCGUAGGGAUGCGGCGCGUGUCGCUCUGAUAAACUCUCUAGUGAACGAGCUGCCGUCUAGACGAAUCACUCCUCAGUUCAUCACACACAGCCUGCAGGAGGCUGCCUCAGCCAGCACUUUCUCUGUGGAGGAUGCCUGUGAUCCUAGCACCAGUAUAGGAACCUAUUGUCUCCUGCUCCAGUCAUACACAGGCAGAACCAUGCUGGAGUUCCAGGAGGUGAUGACCGUGUUUCAGUUGUUACACUGGAACGGGACGUUGAAGAUUCUAAGGAAGAGACAGUGUUCCCGCCAGAGUGUGAUUGGUUAUUACUCUCAGCGAGGGCUGGACGCCAGCAUGCGCAGCAGCAUGGCUCUGGAUUGGCUGGGCCAGGAGCGGCAGACUCCAAGGCAGUUGAGGGCAGAGCUACAAGCAGCACAGAGUGAACUGGACGUGGCUAGGCGUCAUGGAAAUGAACUCCGCUUCUACAAGGAAAAAACGGAGAUCCUUAGCCUGGCACUGAGUCACGCAUUCACACAUCAACCACACACAGAUACACACGGACCACACACAGAUUCACAAGAAUCAGCUUGAACCACACAUACACCACCAAUGAGUCGCACGCACACACACAAACUACAUGAACUACCUGAACCACACAUAAACUAUGAACCAUUAACCAUCCAGACACAGCACCUGAUCCACACAUGAAACCCUGAACCACCAUACAUACUACACACUAGCUAUCUGAACCACCCAGCAAAGCCUUUUUACAUAAAAAGUGAAUGUUGUCCCUGGUGGUAGAGAGAUUAAUUCAACCAGAAAACCUGUGGGUUGAAUCAGAUGAUCCACAGAGACCAGAGGAGCUUCAUCAUGAGAGGGACUGAGCAGGUGACUAGGUCAAAGGUCACCAGAGACCCUGCCAGGCUGCCUUCAACAUUACACACAGAGAACUGUUUACUUUAUUGCUGCUGUCAAAUUCAAGACACAUCAGGUUGCCUUGUGAAUGAGCUGACAUCAGUGAUUUUACAUACACAUAUAUAAAUACAUAUACAUACAUAUAUAUACACAUAUCCUUUUUAAAAAUGUAUUUCCCUUUAUUACUU